AAUUUUCAUCUUCGGGAACAGGGGCUUCAUCAUAUGAAGUAAACACUGGAGAAACUGAAGUUGGCUUUUUACCAACGUUUGGGCCUUGUUACCUAAACUUCUAUGGAAGUCCAAGGGAAUACACUGGAUUUCCAGACCCAUAUGAUGAAUUAAACUUUGGAAAGGGAGAAGGAGUUGCUUAUAGAGGGAGAAUUCUGGUUGAACUGUCUACAAUUCCUGAAAGCAAACCUGAUAAUAAAAAGCUAGAGACAAUUCCUAGUGAUGACUUACUUGUUGUGGAGAAGUAUCAGCGCCGACGAAAGUUCUGCUUGGCUGCUGUCUUUCAUUCUGCUACCAUGCUGCAAGACACUGGUGAGCCUAUCCAGUUUGAAGUGAGCAUUGGUAACUAUGGCAACAAGUUUGAUACAACCUGUAAACCUUUGGCAUCAACAACUCAGUACAGUCGUGCAGUUUUUGAUGGUAAUUAUUACUACUACUUGCCAUGGGCAAACACAAAGCCGGUAGUAACACUGACUUCCUUUUGGGAGGACAUAAGUCACAGAUUAGACCCUGUGAAUGUAAUCCUAAACAUGGCUGAAAGACUGCAAUCCAACUUAGCCACCUUAAAAUCAGGAAUGCAGGCUAAAAUUUCUGAAAAUCAGUUAGCUGAGAUGUGGUUGAAGCUGAUUGAUGAACUUACAGAAGAUAUCAGUAAACCAUUUCCCCACAUAGAAGGCAAAUCUAAUAUUACAGUCCUCGACACCCAGAUAGAAAAACUGCGCCUCAAGUCUCUCAAACAGAUUGGAGAAGCAGCAGCAAGGAUGAGAAAUGAAGCUACUGAUGUGAAAGCCACUCUGACAGAAAUUGAGGAUUGGUUGGAUAAAUUGCUGCAACUGAGUGAAGAGCCCCAAAACAGUAUGCCUGAUGUAAUCAUCUGGAUGAUCCGAGGGGAGAAAAGACUGGCUUAUGCUCGUGUUCCUGCACACCAAGUGCUGUAUUCCACAACAAGCCCUGAAUCCUCCGGUAAAUAUUGUGGAAAGACCCAAACAAUCUUCUUAAAGUACCCACAGGACAAGACAAAAGAUGUCAAAAUGCCCGUGGAGCUGCGAAUUAACAUUUGGCUUGGGCUCAGUGCAGUUGAAAAGAAGUUUAACAGCUUUGCAGAGGGAACGUUCAGUGUUUUUGCAGAAAUGUAUGAAAAUCAGGCUUUUCUUUUUGGAAAAUGGGGUACCUCAGGACUUGUUGGUCGUCACAAGUUUUCCGAUGUCACAGGAAAAAUCAAACUGAAAAGAGAGUACUUUCUACCCCCAAAAGGCUGGGAAUGGGAAGGGGAAUGGAUGGUUGAUCCUGAAAGAAGUUUGUUGACUGAAGCUGAUGCUGGUCAUUGUGAGUUUACUGAUGAAGUAUAUGAAAAUGAGAGUCGCUAUCCUGGAGGGGAAUGGAAAGCAGCUGAAGACUGUUACACAGAUGUGAACGGAGAAAAAGUUCCACCACCACGUGAGUUCACUUGUCCUCCUGGGUGGAUGUGGGAAGAUGAUGCUUGGAAAUCCGAUUUAAAUCGAGCAGUGGAUGAGCACGGAUGGGAAUAUGGAAUUACUCUUCCUCCUGACACUAAGCCGAAGUCAUGGGUUGCUGCAGAGAAAAUGUACCAUACGCAUCGACGACGACGACUGGUGCGGAAACGUACGCGGGACCCAGCUCAGGCAGUAACUGCAGGACGGGUGAGCAGAGAGAUGCAGUCAGAAACUGAUCAAGAAGGAUGGGAAUAUGCCUCCUUAAUUGGCUGGAAAUUUCACUGGAAACAACGCAGUUCUGAUACUUUCCGCCGAAGGCGAUGGAGACGAAAAAUGGCUCCCUCAGAGACACAUGGUGCAGCAGCAAUCUUUAAACUUGAAGGUGCUCUGGGAGCAGACACUAGUGUUGAUGAUGGAGAAGGGAAGAGCUCAGACAAAACCAAGGAAUCGGCUACAAAGGUGUUUGGUGCCAAUACACCACUUGUUUCCUGCUACUUUGACAGAGUAUAUACUUACCACCUUCGCUGUUAUGUCUACCAGGCAAGAAAUCUCAUGGCUUUAGACAAAGACAGUUUUUCAG